UGUGAGAUAAUUUGUCUUUCUUUUUCAUUGUUGGUGUAGAUUCCACCCCGAGCUCUCCUCCGACCAACGUGAUGGCUCACAUCCAUCCAGCGCCGUCCCCCUCUCACCCCACCGGGCCCGAGACCAGCAGCCCCAGCCAGUCUGCCGCUUCUCCGCCCUCUCCCGCUCAAGCCGACUCUGAAAAGGAGGUCCGAACUCCUGCUCCCGCGCCGCCGCCUGCGUCUGAACCUCCUUUUGCCACCUCCGCCCCUGAGACGACGCCCCCGCCCUCGCCUCCGCGACGGGUGGCCCAAAGCCAUCAGGACCACCCAGAACCGGUGGAAAGCUCUGAAUCCGACAUCGUGGAUGUUCAAGUGAUGCCCGAAGAGGUUUCGUUCCACUGCGACACGCCGCCUGAACACGCCCAGGCUGCGGAAUUGUGUGAAACCGCCGCGUGCGACGCUGUCGUCGAUGACGAUGUCAUGGAAAGCCCGUCAGAAAAUCCCGACGAUGGGGAUGUGACCGACGCUCCCUCGACCCCUGAAAAGCCCCCCGUGCAGGAAAGCGCACCGCCUGUGGAGAAAGUCACUCCUGCCGCUGCGAUCCCGCUUGAUGAUAUUUCGGAAGCUCUGGACAACACACAGGUGAGAAGAACAACGUAAACAUGACGUGACAUCCCGUAUUUAAUUAAUUAAUUUUUUUGUAAGGCAAACGUUCAUUUUCUCAAAAAAAAUAACG